AAACCCCGCGUGCUGCCGGGAUCGCGUCUCUGUCCAUGAGGGGGGGAGGGGGUGGCGCGCGCGCCAUUUCUAGUCGUUUUCAAAGCGCCUCGCGCCGGUUCUCACGGGCCCGGCCGCCGACCCCCGCACUGCCCUGCAGCAUAAUAAAAUGGCUAAUCAGGUGAAUGGUAAUGCGGUACAGUUAAAAGAAGAGGAAGAACCAAUGGAUACUUCCAGUGUAACUCACACAGAACACUACAAGACACUGAUAGAGGCAGGCCUCCCACAGAAGGUGGCAGAAAGACUUGAUGAAAUAUUUCAGACAGGAUUGGUAGCUUAUGUCGAUCUUGAUGAAAGAGCAAUUGAUGCUCUCAGGGAAUUUAAUGAAGAAGGAGCUUUGUCUGUACUACAACAGUUCAAGGAAAGUGACUUAUCACAUGUUCAGAACAAAAGUGCAUUUUUAUGUGGAGUUAUGAAGACCUACAGGCAAAGGGAGAAACAGGGCAGCAAGGUGCAAGAGUCUACCAAGGGACCCGAUGAAGCCAAGAUCAAGGCCUUGCUUGAGAGGACUGGUUAUACUCUGGAUGUCACCACAGGACAGAGGAAGUAUGGUGGUCCUCCACCAGACAGUGUAUACUCUGGUGUUCAGCCUGGCAUUGGAACAGAGGUCUUUGUAGGUAAAAUACCAAGAGAUUUGUAUGAGGAUGAGUUGGUGCCCCUGUUUGAGAAGGCUGGACCCAUUUGGGAUCUACGACUUAUGAUGGAUCCUCUGUCUGGUCAGAACAGAGGGUAUGCGUUUAUCACCUUCUGUGGAAAAGAAGCUGCACAGGAAGCUGUUAAACUGUGUGACAGCUAUGAAAUUCGCCCUGGUAAACACCUUGGAGUAUGCAUUUCUGUGGCAAACAACAGACUUUUUGUUGGAUCCAUCCCAAAGAAUAAGACUAAAGAAAACAUCCUGGAAGAGUUCAGUAAAGUCACAGGUUUAACAGAGGGUUUGGUGGACGUUAUUCUCUAUCAUCAACCCGAUGACAAAAAGAAGAAUCGGGGGUUCUGCUUCCUUGAAUAUGAGGAUCACAAGUCAGCAGCACAAGCCAGACGCCGGCUGAUGAGUGGAAAAGUAAAAGUAUGGGGAAAUGUAGUUACAGUUGAAUGGGCUGACCCUGUGGAAGAACCAGAUCCAGAAGUCAUGGCCAAGGUGAAAGUUUUAUUUGUAAGAAAUUUGGCUACUACUGUGACAGAAGAAAUACUGGAAAAGUCAUUUUCUGAAUUUGGGAAACUUGAAAGAGUAAAGAAGUUGAAAGAUUAUGCAUUUGUUCAUUUUGAAGACCGAGGAGCUGCUGUAAAGGCCAUGGAUGAAAUGAACGGAAAAGAAAUAGAAGGGGAAGAAAUUGAAAUAGUCUUAGCUAAACCUCCAGAUAAGAAAAGGAAAGAGCGCCAGGCUGCUAGACAGGCCUCCAGAAGCACUGCGUAUGAAGAUUAUUACUAUCACCCUCCCCCUCGCAUGCCACCUCCUAUUAGAGGUCGAGGUCGUGGUGGAGGGAGAGGUGGAUAUGGCUACCCUCCAGAUUACUAUGGCUAUGAAGAUUACUAUGAUGAUUACUAUGGUUAUGAUUAUCACGACUAUCGUGGCGGCUACGAAGACCCCUACUACGGCUAUGAUGAUGGCUAUGCAGUAAGAGGAAGAGGAGGAGGAAGGGGAGGGCGAGGUGCUCCACCACCACCAAGGGGGCGGGGAGCACCACCUCCAAGAGGUAGAGCUGGCUAUUCACAGAGGGGGGCACCUUUGGGACCACCAAGAGGCUCUAGGGGUGGUAGAGGGGGUCCUGCACAACAGCAGAGAGGCCGUGGUUCCCGUGGAGCUCGGGGCAAUCGUGGGGGCAAUGUAGGAGGCAAGAGAAAGGCAGAUGGGUACAACCAACCUGAUUCCAAGCGUCGUCAGACCAACAACCAACAGAACUGGGGUUCCCAACCCAUCGCUCAGCAACCGCUUCAGCAAGGUGGUGACUAUUCUGGUAACUAUGGUUACAAUAAUGACAACCAGGAAUUUUAUCAGGAUACUUAUGGGCAACAGUGGAAAUAGACAAGUGAGGGCUUGAAAAUGAUACUGGCAAGAUACGAUUGGCUCUAGAUCUACAUUCUUCAAAAAAAAAAAUAAUUGGCUUAACGGUUUCAUCUAUAAGUAGCAAUUUGCUGCCAUUUGUAU